CCACCAAAUUACGCUCACCCCUCUCCUCCGCUCCACAAGAAUCGCGUUGAUCUUUGACAAACUCGCAUAGCCGACCAUCCUAUCAAGAGCAUCAGGCCUAUAACAACAUGGCCGGGAUUGUGCAGCGAUUAGGAGGAUUGGGGGUGCCUUUGGGUGUGGCAUUCAUUACGCUUCAAGCCAGUCUUUACGAUGUGCCGGGAGGCUACCGAGCCGUCAUGUUUGACCGUUUCUCUGGGGUUAAGGACGUGGCUUCGAACGAGGGAACCCAUUUCCUGAUUCCUGGUCUGCAGCGUGCUAUCCUUUAUGAUGUCCGCGUCAAGCCUAGGAACAUCUCUACGACGACUGGAAGCAAGGACUUGCAGAUGGUCUCGUUGACUCUCAGAGUGCUCUCGCGACCAGAUGUGCAGCAUUUGCCAAAGAUCUACCAAUCCCUUGGUCAAGAUUACGACGAAAGGGUCCUGCCUUCGAUUGGCAACGAAGUCUUGAAGGCAAUUGUGGCGCAAUUCGACGCGGCUGAGCUGAUCACUCAGCGGGAGGUGGUGUCUUCGCGCAUCAGAGAGGACUUGCUGCGUCGCGCAUCAGAGUUCAACAUCAAGCUGGAAGACGUUUCCAUCACCCACAUGACUUUCGGUCAGGACUUCACCAAGGCGGUCGAGCAGAAGCAGAUUGCGCAACAAGAUGCGGAGAGAGCCAAGUUCGUGGUCGAGAAAGCGGAGCAGGAGAGACAGGCUAGUGUCAUCAGAGCGGAGGGUGAAGCCGAAGCUGCGAGAACGAUCUCGCAGGCGCUCGACCGCGCGGGCGAUGGUCUGCUAACGCUGCGUCGCAUUGAAGCCUCCAAGCAGAUCGCCUCCACCCUCAGCGGCGCGCGAAACGUUACAUAUCUGCCUCACGGCAACAACAUGCUCUUCAACAUGCCAGCACAGUAAGCUGCGCAACCAUGUGAUUCGAGCCUCCUUGUUCCGAUUCAUUCAUGCCGAAUUGAGCGGAUUGCUAAGCGUACCAAUGCACACCUCUCAACGAAUAGCUGUGAGCAAAUUGUGACAGAAC